GCCGAAGGAGCCCGGAAAGCGAAGUGCCGAUGUCUCAGGAGGACUUGGAAGAAGAGCUCACCGUGUUCGCCGGCUCUUCUCCGGAGGAGGUGUCUCAUGCCAAACAGCUGUGGCGCUCCCUGCUCCUCCUGCCGCCGCUGGAGUCCGCUGAUCCGCGGCACAGGCUGUCGGUGACCCGGCGGCAGGGCACCACAUCCUCCGGCCCGGACCUGCAGAGUGCGCCGGUUCUGUUCUCUGUCCAGCAGCAGCAGGAGGAGAGACAGCGGUUCGAGGACAAGAGGAGAGACAUCAUGUCCCUGCUGAAGAGGCAGAGAGGGAGGAGGAUCCAGAAGGAGGUGCUGUCUGGAGCUCAGAAAGCGAAGGAGAAAGUCGGGAGAGGAAACACACUGAAACCUCAGCAAGAUUCAGACUCAGAGACAGAGAGACAGCUGGUGAGACAGCUCACUAAAACACUGUCCUCAGCCCAGAAUACCAUGAAUAGUGUCCAGAAAUGUCAGGAUAUGACCAGUGUUAUAGGGGGCAAGUGUUGCAUGGUGAUGCAGGACACUAUCCUGCGUUAUGGCGUCACACAUCGUGACAUUUCCUCCACGUUGGCCUGGGACAUUGACAGUUGCCCUCUGUCCAAUGAUGUUUCUCCCCUUCCGUCUUGA